AUGUGGUUUUUCCUUAAGAAGGAUCAAAACAUGUCCUCAAGUUGUGACUGGGUAGUAUUGGUGCAGUCACAUGUCCCUUUGGGCUUCCAGGGCAUCGUGAGAGCAAUUCGAGAUUACCAGGGCCCCCUGAAGGAGCACGAAGUAACAGUCUUUGUCCGAAGAGGUGGCCCCAACUAUCAGGAGGGUUUACGGGUGAUGGGAGAAGUCGGGAAGACCACUGGGAUCCCCAUCCAUGUCUUUGGCACAGAGACUCACAUGACGGCCAUUGUAGGCAUGGCCCUGGGCCACCGGCCCAUCCCCAACCAGCCACCCACGGCGGCCCACACUGCAAACUUCCUCCUCAAUGCCAGCGGGAGCACAUCGACGCCAGCCCCCAGCAGGACAGCAUCUUUUUCUGAGUCCAGGGCCGAUGAGGUGGCGCCUGCAAAGAAGGCCAAGCCUGCCAUGCCACAAGAUUCAGUCCCAAGUCCAAGAUCCCUGCAAGGAAAGAGCACUACCCUCUUCAGCCGCCACACCAAGGCCAUUGUGUGGGGCAUGCAGACCCGGGCCGUGCAAGGCAUGCUGGACUUUGACUAUGUCUGCUCCCGAGAUGAGCCCUCAGUGGCUGCCAUGGUCUACCCUUUCACUGGGGACCACAAGCAGAAGUUUUACUGGGGGCACAAGGAGAUCCUGAUCCCUGUCUUCAAGAACAUGGCUGACGCCAUGAGGAAGCACCCAGAAGUAGAUGUGCUUAUCAACUUUGCCUCUCUCCGCUCUGCCUAUGACAGCACCAUGGAGACCAUGAACUAUGCGCAGAUCCGGACCAUCGCCAUCAUAGCCGAAGGCAUCCCUGAGGCCCUCACAAGAAAGCUGAUCAAGAAGGCGGACCACAAGGGAGUGACCAUCAUCGGACCUGCCACUGUUGGAGGCAUCAAGCCUGGGUGCUUUAAGAUUGGGAACACGGGUGGGAUGCUGGACAACAUCUUGGCCUCCAAAUUGUACCGCCCAGGCAGCGUGGCCUAUGUCUCACGUUCUGGAGGCAUGUCCAACGAGCUCAACAAUAUCAUAUCUCGGACCACGGAUGGCGUCUAUGAGGGUGUGGCCAUUGGUGGGGACAGGUAUCCAGGCUCCACAUUCAUGGAUCAUGUGUUACGCUAUCAGGACACUCCAGGAGUCAAAAUGAUUGUUGUUCUUGGAGAGAUUGGGGGCACUGAGGAAUAUAAGAUUUGCCGGGGCAUCAAGGAGGGCCGCCUCACCAAGCCCAUCGUCUGCUGGUGCAUUGGGACCUGUGCCACCAUGUUCUCCUCUGAGGUCCAGUUUGGCCAUGCUGGAGCUUGUGCCAACCAGGCUUCUGAAACUGCAGUAGCCAAGAACCAGGCUUUGAAGGAAGUAGGAGUGUUUGUGCCCCGGAGCUUUGAUGAGCUUGGAGAGAUCAUCCAGUCUGUGUACGAAGAUCUUGUGGCCAACGGAGUCAUUGUACCUGCCCAGGAGGUGCCGCCCCCAACCGUGCCUAUGGACUACUCCUGGGCCAGGGAGCUUGGUUUGAUCCGCAAACCUGCCUCAUUCAUGACCAGCAUCUGUGAUGAGCGAGGACAGGAGCUCAUCUACGCGGGCAUGCUCACUGAGGUCUUCAAGGAAGAGAUGGGCAUUGGCGGGGUCCUUGGCCUCCUCUGGUUCCAGAAAAGGUUGCCUAAGUACUCUUGCCAGUUCAUUGAGAUGUGUCUGAUGGUAACAGCUGAUCAUGGGCCAGCUGUCUCUGGAGCCCACAACACCAUCAUUUGUGCGCGAGCUGGGAAAGACCUGGUCUCCAGCCUCACCUCGGGGCUGCUCACCAUCGGGGAUCUUGGGGGUGCCUUGGAUGCAGCUGCCAAGAUGUUCAGUAAAGCCUUUGACAGUGGCAUUAUCCCCAUGGAGUUUGUGAACAAGAUGAAGAAGGAAGGGAAACUGAUCAUGGGCAUUGGUCACCGAGUGAAGUCGGUGAGUUGUUACUCUCCUAAAAAGUAG